AUGCUCUCCUAUAUCCUCAUCCAAAACCGGCAGGGCAAGACCCGCCUCGCCAAGUGGUACGCGCCCUUUAGCGACGAGGAGAAGAUCAAGCUCAAGGGCGAGGUCCACCGCCUCGUCGCCCCCCGCGACCAAAAGUACCAGUCCAACUUUGUCGAGUUCCGCAGCCACAAGAUCGUCUACCGCCGCUACGCGGGCCUCUUCUUCUGCGUCUGCGUCGACAUCAACGACAACGAGCUCGCCUACCUCGAGGCCAUCCACUUCUUCGUCGAGGUCCUCGACGCCUUCUUCGGCAACGUCUCCGAGCUCGACCUCGUCUUCAACUUUUACAAAGUCUACGCCAUCCUCGACGAGGUCUUCCUCGCUGGCGAGAUCGAGGAGACGAGCAAGCAGGCCGUCCUCACCAGGCUCGAGCACUUGGACAAGCUGGAAUGA